AUGAUCAAUCCUGAAGUUGCAGUACAACUUCACUUCUCGGGCCGUCGCAUUUCGGCUGUCACUGUCUCAAACCCGGCGAAGACGCUCGAAGACCACCCCAAGUCCGAUCGACGCUGCGACGACCGCUAUGUCAUCCACGCGGUGCAUCACGACAAGGCUUCCGAGAACCCGUCGGUCGCACUUCAGCCCGGCUUUCUUGGGAGCUGUUAUCAAGGGUUCAAUUCCACGGCGAAGGCCUGGACAGCAUCUGAAUGGGACGGGGAUUCUGGUGCUGUCUCAAUCCUUCAAGAAGCCAAUGAACUGAAGAAGAAGGUUUCCGAAGAGCUCUAUCAGCUCAACCGAGCAAUCGUAUGA